AUGCAGCUCAGCAAGGCCAUCGUCAUCUGCUCCAACCAGAGUCAGCUUUUCGAGGUUCCCAGGGUGUCAAAACUCAUUUUCGCGAGAAUCCAACUGCUCCUCAAUGAGCUCGACAUCCCCUUGUACAUCCUGCUAGGAUUCAGAAGAGAUUUGUCCAGAAAACCAGGGCCCGGAAUGCUCACCUUCUACGAACAACACCUCAACGAGGGCAUCGAGGUCGACCGUGCGAAUUCCUUCUACGUGGGAGACGCAGCUGGGAGGGUUUGGACUGAUGAGCUACUUGAUGCCCACUGUGAGCGUGUGAUGGCUUUGCUGAAGGCUGAGGACUUCAGCAACAGGAGCUAUGUACGCAAGGACCGCUAUUUUAACGAUGAGCCGGUGGAUGCAAACGCCAUUAUCGCAAAAUUGAAACCAGCGAGCUUGAGGAACAAGUUCGAAGCCGACUUUUCAGACUGCGACCUCAAGUAUGCGCUCAACAACAAUGUCGGAUUCUACACGCCGGAAGAAUACUUCGCGAACCACCCGAGCAUGCCUCUAACUGUCGACUUCGACCCAAAGAAGGUUGGUACAAACCCGGCACCUUUGGACGUUACCGGCGGCAUGGUGAUCCUAGUUGGUCCGCCGUCGGGUGGUAAAACCUUCUUGUGCAAGAACAAAUUUGCGUCAUUUACGCGCAUAAACGAGGACGAGUUGAGAACCCGGGAUGCCGGUGUGCGCGCUGCCAGGGAAUGCCUGCAGAGGGGUGAAAAUGUCAUCAUCGACGGGGCCAACGCCAUUCCGGAGAAGCGCCGCGAUUACAUAGCCGUGAGUCGCGCCGCAGGAGUCAGCUGUACUGUCGUAUUUCUGGACGUUUCUGUGAAUUUCUCACUCCACUUUUUCCGGUACCGCAAGGUAAGCUGCGACGUUGGCACGCAAUUCACCCCUCCCCAGAUCGUGGAGCCGCAGGAGUAUGCGCAUCUUUCGCAAAACGUUGUACGCACUUACUUCAAGCAGAUGCAGCCUCCGGACGAGUCGGAGGGUUUCGACAGGCUGCUGCGCAUCACCGACGAAACGUUCCCAGUACAGCACACGCCGGUGUCACAAAUGCAUCUGCCAUAA